UGUCACCCACGGCGGGAGGGACGCCCGGCGAGGCCCCACGGCAGCGCAGGGAGCCGCACGGUGCUCAGGCCCUGGUUCCGCGGGCGGCUGUGGCUGUUCCCGGAGGGCCGCAGCUCCCGGCAGCGCGGCACCUCGCAGCUGCGCUGACACCGGCGGGGUCGGCCCGUGCCGCGGGGCAAGCGGGGCCCAGCGCGCAGCCGCCAGCCCGCCCGCCCCGCCCGCGCCCCGGGGAGGGCAGCACCGCCCCGCGGGGCCCGGAUGGAGCCGGUCCCGCCGCGGCCCUGCCAUGGCCCCGCCGGCAGCGCGGCUGGCGCGGCUCUCCCGCAGCGUCUGCUUCAGCGCCUGCCACCGGCUGCACAGUAAAUCACUGAGUGAUGAAGAAAACCUGAAGCUGUUUGGGAAAUGCAACAAUCCAAACGGCCAUGGGCACAACUAUAAAGUUAUAGUCACUGUGCGAGGAGAGAUCGACCCAGUUUCUGGAAUGGUUAUGAACCUGACGGACCUGAAGGAGUAUAUGCAGGAGGCGAUCAUGGAACCGCUUGACCACAAAAACCUGGAUAAGGAUGUGCCAUACUUUGCUGAGGUUGUGAGCACCACAGAGAACGUUGCAGUAUUCAUCUGGGAAAACCUCAAGAAGCUCCUGCCCGUGGGAACCCUUUAUAAAGUCAAAGUGUAUGAAACGGACCAGAACAUUGUCAUUUAUAAAGGAGAAGAAACAAUCUCUGAGAAGUGAAAUGAGCUUCAGUUCAGUUGGUCAGAAACUGCUGCAUAAUCAGAUCAGUGGAUUACUUCAGCCCUGCUCGCUGUAUUUCCUACACCUGGACAUCGGUUAUGUAUUAUAUAGGAACAAAUACAGAUGUUUCGAAAGAAUUCUUGCAACUAUCUAGCAAUUUGGGUUCUCAAAAUUUGCGGAUUUGUCUGCUUUUUCUCAAGACAUUCCUGUUUUGCAAAGCCAAACCACCAAGCUGAUGUGACAUUUACAAUUGUGCUAUGUUAAAUAAAGCGGCUUUCUGGAGAGGA